AUGAUCGUGAUUUUACUGAUAGUACUUGUCCUCGGCUGGUUUUCGGUGUUCAGGUACAGACGAAGGAAUAUGUACAAGCUGGCAGCGGCUAUCCCAGAUGUGGACAAGCAUAUACCAUUAUUAGGCAUAGCCCACAAAUUCACUGGCAACACAGAGGAGAUAAUGUCGGUACUUCAAAGAUACAGUUAUAACUCUAUGAAGCAUAACGGCCUAGCGAAAGGCUGGUUGGGUCACAUUCUUUAUUUUGGUAAGUUGAAUGCUUGUAGUCCGCUGCUAGUGUGA